CUCCAUUGGAGACAUUAUUCAGUCAGUCAGUCGGUGUGAUAGUUCCCAGCGUAUAACUUGUUUUUUAUUUCUAUUCCGGUGAAACAUAAAAAUGUUCAAAAUAUUGCGAAAUAGGACCAUUUUCAUUGAAACGGGGCCAUUCGAGGAAGAGGAGAUCGCGGACCCACUAAUCCCGAUAGAAGUGGUUACAAAUAAACGCAAGAAAUGCGUGGCUAAGCCUAGGCCUUCGGGUUCUUCCGUCCGGCAUGAGGGACCCCUCCACUACCAUCCAUGCCGUGUGCUCAACUGCCUCCAGGAGGAAAAGCGGGAGCUGCGAAGUGUUGGAUCGCAAACCCAUCCGGUGGGGUAUUAUGCAGAGUCCAGCAUGCAGGUGGAACCCAUGGAGCAGGAUGAGUUGGUCGAGUCGACGCUGCCGAGCGCUGCCCCUGAGUUGCAAUGGCCGAAGAUUAAGAGGGAGAUCCCUGAAGCCAGCCCUGAGCCGCUCCAGAUGGCCAGCGACGCUACGUCCAUGGCUACUAGUCUAAGCUUCGGCGGAGGAGACGGCGGAGGCGACAGUCAGUUGCCUGAAAAGUCCACGGCGCCGUUGCGGAACUCCAAUCGGCUGGAAAAGGCAGCUGCCAGUCGACAGUGCCACCCCUCGUGUGUUCAUAUGGGCGGCAACGGAAAACGGGUGCCACUGUCGUCGGUGAAGAUCCACAUUCGUGGCCUGCCUCUCUCCGUGAAACGGGAGCAGCUAUCGGAGCUUUUUGGGCAUUUUGGGGAACUUACGGCGGUGGAGUACCCGACUAACAGACAUCCAAGGAAUCCGAUGGGUCGGGGUUACGCCUUUGUGCAGUUUGUCUGCCCCAACGCCUGUGCACUGGCAAUAGAGCGAAUGAACGGAGGCACCAUAGGUGGACAGCGGAUUCAGGUGGCUCCCUUCCAGGCCAGAAUGCUUAGACAAGCCCUUCCGAUGCGAAGCUACAGUCGUCGUACCCGUUCCCGAUCCCGAUCUCCCAGGCGCAGUCACCGUUCCCGUUCCCGAUCUCCCAGGCGCAGUCACCGUUCCCGUUCCCGAUCUCCCAGGCGCAGUCACCGUUCCCGUUCCCGAUCUCCCAGGCGCAGUCACCGUACCCGUUCCCGAUCCCCCAGGCGCAGUGCUCGUAUACGUGCCCAAACUAUAAGGCGUCAGCCUGAUGAUCGCACCCCCAAGGCCCAGCUAUCGCCCACCCCAAGGCCCAGCUGA